AUGAACAACCGGCCGGUUGAGCAGGCCCUUGGCAUAUUGGUGCCGACACAUGCCAAUGACUUACCUCAAGAGCUUCUCAGCUAUGCAAUGUCCCUGGUUGCGCAAUCUCGUAGCUUCUCGAGCAGUUUGAAGCCCGAAGAGGAAAUUGCACGUCCCUACGCUUGUGCGGAAAUCGCUUGCAGAAGAUUAAGCAAAACUCUCAAACUUCCCCCAUUAUUGGGACAUGCGCCAUGCCCCCCACGCAUCUACAAGAAGCUUUAUACAUAUCUCGAUCGAUCCCUAACGGCCAGCUCCGCAGGCCUCAAGCGCUCAGCAAGUGGUUCGGCCCCAGGAACACCAACCCGUGCAGGCUCGAGCCAGACAACGCCAACGAAAGGGGCGGCAAUGAUGAACAGUCCAACAAAGAUGGUGGCACCAACACCUCGAGGACUACAGCAUUCACCGUCGAAGUCUACACCCCUUAAGAGAAGCAUGAGUACAGCAAACAACCUUGGCAGUCCCUCGAAGUUGGCAAGGAAGUCUUCAGCCAACCGGCCUAUGGAUCUUACUGGGCCGACCAGCAUUCCAGAUGCCCCAGCCUGGGCUAUGACUGCCGUUCGAACUGUGUGCAAGAUUCUGUCUACUCCCGCACCACGUACAAACUCAUGGUCACGACCGCCUAUCUCAAGGACUUUGCCUCCACAUAUCUUUUCUGGUGUCUCCUCCAUCCUUUAUCUUACCUCGAGCAUGUCCAAUGAUGAAGAAGGAUGGGACGUGGAGUCACUGGACUUUUUGGAGCCCAUUGUGUCCAUUCAGGCUUCUGACAAAGAUGAUGAUUUCAGAGAGCUGGUGUAUGCAAUGGUUGUUGCCGUUUACUUCCUUGUCUUAGCUCGGCGCCGUAACCCCGGUCCUGAUGAAGAGCAAGAUGUUGAAGCACAGAAAAUGGACAAGAAAACAUUCAUUGAGAUGCGCCAGACGGCAUUGAACAGCCUCGGACUCAAAGCUAAUGACCGCAGACACCGCGAUGAUGUUGACCAGUGGAUUGCUCUGAUCAUGGAACAUGGGUGGGCAAAUGGCCAAGAGUGGUUUGAGAACAUUCCCUACGCCGGUCAGCUGUUCGGCGACGACGAGGAAGGCAAGUCCUAUCAGGAUAUCGAUGAGGAAGAUGCUGCACUUAGAGGUGUCAAGUUGCCAAAGCGUUCAGCUGGUGGACAAGGGGCUCGUUCAAAAGCCGAUUCUGCUCCCCGGGGUGGUCUUUUGCCUGGUCUCGGCACAAUGAUGCAGGACCGUGUCGACUGGCUAAGCGAUGACCGCCAGGAGGACUUCGUAGAGUGGAAAGCGGAUAUUAUGGCUCGCAUUCAAGGGGCUGCUGCUUGA